GGACCGGAAGUGCUGAGUUUCGUAUGGCUACCUUGACACUGUUUUGGUACAGAGGUGCAGCUGCGGUAGUUGAGGAGUGGUAGACGUCAAGAAGAGCCAGAGGACAGGAGAGCAGACUGGGCCGAACAGAAGACAGAGGACAGCAUAAAUGGCCUUGGUGCCUAAGGAGUGAAGAAUGGGCUCCACGCUAUCGCAGCCAUGGCCAGAUCCACCAACAGAAGCGCCGAGGACGGGGACUCACGGGUAACCGCCCCCACGGAACGCGGAGAGGCGCGGGACCUGGCCGAGCCCCGGGAACUGUCUUUGGAGGAGGUGCUGAAGUCCUACGAGCAGCCCAUCAACGAGGAGCAGGCAUGGGCGGUGUGCUACCAGUGCUGCAGCGGAUUGAGGGUGCCCCGCCCGCCGGCCGGGAGAUUUAGUGGGGUGAAGGACACGUCCUCCAUCCUCCUGCACAGGGACGGAACCUUAUCAUUGCAGCAGGAACCCCGACAAAACGAUGACACUGAUGGACCUCCUCCUCCACCUGCUGCAGAGCGUCAGCUGGUCCAGUCGCUGGGUGUGGCCAUCUACCAGGCUCUGGACUGGGGGCUGGAUGAAAGUGAGGAGCGGGAGCUCAGCCCGCAGCUGGAGCAUCUCAUUGAACGCAUGGCGGGGGAUGACCAGGGUGAAGAGGGCGUCAGCACCGCUGGGAAUGGUACCACAGAUGAGGGCUACAGUGGCCAGGAAGAGGAGGAGGAGGAGGAAGAAGAGCAGGAGGGAGUCAUGAGGCCGGUGUGUACGUUCCGCCAGGUGAUCACGCUGUGUGCGUCUCGGCUAGCUAACCCAAGCUUGGCACCAGAGCACUACCUGGCUGUCUGCAGGGCUCUGUUUGUAGAGACUCUGGAGCUGCAGACCUUCCUCAUCAAGAUCAGAGAUGCUAAGCAGAUGCUAAAGAAGAUCACAACAGAGGAAGCUCUGGAGGAUAAGUCUACAGCUGAGCUGGACACACUGAAACACAAGGACUGGGGACGUCUGUGGGUGCAGCUGAUGAAGGAUCUCAGGCAGGGAGUGAAGCUGAAGAAGGUUCAGGAGCAGCCGUUCAACCUGCUGCCCACUGAGUUCAGCCUCACACCCUUUGAGAUGCUGAUGCAGGACAUACGAACUCGCAAGUUCCAGCUACGCAAAGUCAUGGCGGAUGGUGACAUUCCCACGAUAGUGAAGAGAAAUGCCCAUGAAUUAAUACUGGAUUUCAUCAGAUCAAGGCCUCCACUUAAACCAGUUUCAGAGCGCAGCCUCCCCCCUCCUCCAGCGCAGCAGCAGUCCCUCCAUGACCAGGUCCUGGCUGGGAUCAAGCAGGAGAGAAAGCUCAGGCCUGUGAUUCUGCCCAGCUCCAGACCAUUUGGCUCUCUGCCCUGCCUGGCUCAGACUUGUCCUUGUAACGUGAAAUCUACUUCAUGCAUCGACCUGUCCUUGUCAGAGCCCGGGCCCCGGUCUCGCCCUCGCGUCCUGCUAAAGGCUCCGACUCUGGCUGAGAUGGAGGAGAUGAACAUAUCUGAGGAGGAGGAGUCCCCAGACAACAGUGAGAUGCGGAGGGCAGAGAGCUCCCCCACACCUCUGAAAAGAGAUCGCUCCUUCUCAGAGCAUGACCUGGCCUUGCUCCGCGCCGAGAUGUCGGCCGAGCUGGGCGGGCCGGUCAGGCUGAGGAGUGAGAGGCCUCGGUCCAGGACGCUGACUAGUGCUGGGCCGCCUCCUAAUCACAGAGCAUCCUUCCCAGUUCACGGCUGGGUGCCGCCCUCUCCGGCUCGCCUAUCUUUGAGUUCAGUUGACGAGACCACUGAGGGAUCAGAGACGACGUCUGGCUCCAGAGCUGGAGACGAACACCAGUUGAUGGAGGAGUUUAGCCACCCUGUGGGGAGUCUCGCCUUAACAGUGGAUGAGGUCAUCAACGUGCGCAGAGUGCUGGUCAAAGCAGAGAUGGAGAAGUUUCUUCAGAGCAAAGAGCUCUACAAUAACCUGAAGAGAGGCAGGGUUUGCUGCUGCUGCAGAGUGAAGUUCCCUCUCUUCUCAUGGCCGUCUACCUGCUUACUGUGUAAAAGAUCUGUCUGCGGUUCCUGCAGUGCAAAGAUGAAGAUUCCCUCGAAGAAGAUGGCCCAUAUUCCUGUGUAUACCGUGGGCUUCCACAGCACUCCAAAAAGCCAUGGACAAAAAAGCCAGGUCUAUAAGUCUCUACGCAGCUUAUCCCGCCGCUCAGUGGAGGAGGAGUUCCCCCACCUGUAUGCUCAGGGCUGCACGCUGCGUGACAUCUGCGCUGAAUGCACUAAAUUUGUCGCCGAUGUCAUUUCCUCCAGCCGCCGGAGUCUGGACAUACUCAACAACACUCCCAAGAGGGAGGCCAGAGCUGCUGCUGCUCCUCAAAGACCACAGCUGCAGCGUCAAUCACACCUCGAGACUUGCCCUCAACUUCACACUCAGUGUCACCCUCCUCCUCACCCACAGUCACAGUGUCACCCCAAGCUCCCUCCCCAGCCCCUUCUUCAUGCGUCAUCACCGUCUACUUCGCCACAGUUUCACACCAAGACCAUCAACAAUGUGAACCAAUGAGUAGAUUAGCUGACUUUUCUCCCCCACACACACACAUACACAUACAGUACCCGUCAAAAGUUUGGCCACACCUUCUCAUUCUCAAACUUUUGACUGGUACUGUAUGUACAAAAAAAUAGUAGGUUUCUAUAAGGGUUCUAGUGGUUAUAUGCACAUCCGUAAUCCAUUGAAUUGGUUUAAAUAAAUAUGAAUACAUAUUCCAGUGAGGGUCCUUCACAGUUCUUUAAACAGUGCUGCGUUGGAGCAUUAAUGCAUUAUUUAAUGGCUAUGCUAUGAUAUAUAAACCUAGAAAAAGGAGCAUACAAGUUGGAGUAUGUUGCUGUACAGAACCUUUUUAGUAAGAAUCUAGUGACCCUAAACCACCACCACCUCACCCAUCAUCCAGGUCCCAAAGCCAUUAUCUUCCAUGUCUCACCAUCUCACCCAGCAGAUGUGCUCUCUCUCACACACACACACACACACACACACACACACACACACACACAUACACACACACACACACACACACACACACACACACACACACACACACACGAUGAGGAAGGUACAGUACUGGUGGUUGUUGGAGUAUACACUGUGAUGGUGAAGGUGGGGUUGGGUGGUGGCAGUUUGAGGACAAAAGCUGCGCAACAUAGAGUCAACAUGUAACCCUCUAGCAUUUUAGCUCUCUGUGGUUGCCUUGUUUUUGUCAUGAAUGUAACUUAGGACACAAAAACAGAAUUGUAAAAUGAUAAGCUUGUACACAGCAUAAUAAGAUUUAUUUUUAAUCAUACGAAAAAGGAUUUGUAUCGAGUGGCUGCUGCAUAACCAGGCCUCUUUUGCAUUUUAGACGUGCUUGUAAAGGUAUAGUUGGAGGAGGUAUGAUAGCAGCGACACUGUGAAUGUAUCAGGGUGAAGCUGCAGACUGCACCUUUAACUGACGCAGCAUGAUUAUGCAGAUGUGAAGCUAGCAGAUGAAACUCCCGCCUCUCUCACUACCUAUUGACGCUUGCAAUCUGCUCUGGUUUUGUAAACACUAAGUAAACCUCAACUGCAAUAAAAUUUAAUGACAAA